UCGUUCCCGGUCAGGCACUUGUGAGUGGAGGCCCAUGUGGUUUGUCAAUGAGCGGCCAUCAAACCCCUGCACUUUAGGAAGCUUCCAGAUUUCAGCGGCCGACUGUUCGAGUAAUUUGUUUCCAAGAUGCUGCUCGAAGCGCUGGACAGUGAUGAGACGUUUGUGUUUGCAACCGCUGCGGCCUCUGUGCAGGUCCAGGUGGAACCUGUGGGGCGGUGGCUUGAAGCCUUCCUAAAGAGGAGGAGCAGGACUACGUCGGCCUCCUUCCAGGAGCUGGAGGAAGAGGAGGUGUCAUCUGAGGAGUCAGAUGAUGAGGAGUUUCAACUGGAGGAGUACCCAAUGCUCCGAACUCUCGACCCCAAAGACUGGAAGAAUCAGGAUCAUUACAGUGUCCUCGGCAUCCCACACUUGAGGUACAAAGCCACACAGAAACAGAUCAGAGCUGCUCAUAAAUCCAUUGUGUUGAAGCAUCAUCCUGACAAAAGGAAAGCUGCUGGGGAGCAGAUUGUAGAAGGAGACAACGACUACUUUACCUGUAUAACUAAAGCUAUAGAAAUCCUGUCAGAUCCUGUGAAGAGAAGAGCUUUCGACAGUGUGGAUCCGACCUUUGACAACGCAGUGCCUUCAAAGAAUGAAGGCAAAGACAACUUUUUUGAAGCCUAUGCUCCCAUUUUUGAGAGAAACGCUAGAUGGUCUUCCAAAAAGCACGUUCCCAAAAUCGGAACCAUGGAGUCGUCUUUUGAAGAUGUGGAUAAUUUUUACACUUUUUGGUACAACUUUGACUCGUGGAGAGAAUUUUCAUACUUGGAUGAAGAGGAGAAGGAAAAGGCUGAAUGUCGAGAUGAGAGGAGGUGGAUUGAAAAGCAGAAUCGAGCUGCCAGAGCUCAGAGGAAGAAGGAGGAGAUGAACAGAUUACGAACACUAGUUGAUACUGCCUACAGCUUGGACCCUAGAAUAAAGAAAUUCAAAGACGACGAAAAAGCCCGGAAGGAAUCUGAGAAGAAGGCGAAAGCUGAUGCCAAGAAAAGGGAGCAGGAGGAGAAGGACCGAGCCCGGCAGGCGGAGCUGGAGACAGCUCGUUUGGCAAAGGAGAAGGCGGAAGAGGAGGCCAAGCAGGUGGCCCAGCUGGCGAAAAAAGAGAAGGAGAUCCAGAAAAAGGCCAUCAAGAAGGAGAGACAGAAACUCAGGACGACCUGCAAGACCUGGAAUUACUUUGCUGACGAUGAGUCUGACAGUGUGAAGAUGAUGGAAGAAGUGGAGAAGCUUUGUGAUAGGCUGGAGCUGAUGAGUCUUCAGUCCCUGAAUGAAAUCCUGGCCUCGGCCACAAAAGAAGACGGCAAGGCAGCUGUGGAGAAGCAGGUGCAGGAGGUGAACAACCAACUGCAGAGGGAGAAGGAUGCUGAGGUUCAGGCGAGGCAGACAGCUCGCAGUGGGGACCAGGCCAGCGGCGGAGGAGGCAGCUCAGAGAAGGGCUGGAACCAGGACGACCUCCAGCUGCUCAUCAAGUCUGUCAAUCUGUUCCCUGCUGGAACCAACGCCAGAUGGGAAGUUAUUGCCAAUAAUAUGAACUUGCACUCCACCAGCGGCAUGAAGAGGACGGCCAAAGAUGUCAUUAACAAAGCCAAGAAUAUGCAACGACUCGAUCCGAUACAGAAAGAUGACAUCAACAAAAAAGCCUUUGAGAAGUUCAAGAAGGAGCACUCGUUUGUGGCACCCACCAUAGACAACGCUGUGCCCUCAGAGAGAUUUGAAGGCGGUAGCGCUGCACCCUGGACCACAGAUGAGCAGAAGCUUCUGGAACAGGCCCUGAAGACGUACCCAGUCACCACAGCCGAGAGGUGGGAGAAAAUCGCUGCUGUUGUCCCAGGACGGAACAAGAAAGACUGUAUGAAGCGGUACAAGGAACUGGUGGAGAUGGUUAAAGCAAAGAGAGCUGCUCAGGAACAUGUGGCACCCAAGAGCAAAAAAUGACAAGAACCACAAAAGACAAUAGUAUCCGUGUUAUUUUAACAUUAUUGUGUUGGUCUUUAUUUUAUAAUAAAAAAUUAAAGGACGAAAAAGACAA